CGCUUCGAUGCCACCGCACGUGACCAAUCCGCAAACGUUUUCCUCGGGCUUGAGAGGCACGAUUUUCUUAUCGCCGCGCCGUAAUCGUGUACAAAAUGAAGACGUCGCGACGGCGAUGUGAUUCUAUCGGACAUGGCUGCGGGGACUGUAAAACUUGAAUUGGGAAAAAAAGGCUGCCGAGGGCAACCGAGCGGAACGUAUCUUUAGAAAACGCAGAAAUGCGAGACGCAGAGUGUACGAGACUAUUAAAAUAAGAACGCUCGUUACGCAGUUUUCACGCCGAGAGGCAAGAUCGGGACGGAGAGUCGCUUAAAUAAUACAUUUCCCCCGUGCCUGCCAGAACUCCCUUCUGAGGAAAGCUAUAUAUAAACACUUCUAUCCUGCUCCCGGCAUUUCCUCCGCUUCACGCGCGAAGCUUUCGAAAGCGCGAGAGCUUCGCACUGUAAACGGCAGCCACGUAUAUUUGAAGCGAACGAUCGAGUCGAGUAUUUCUCAGAAGCGAUUCUUGCUUGCACUCACGUUACGCUUCCGUAGGUUGGGUUCCAUGGCCUCUGAGAGGAAGCUUGCCAUUUAAUUUCAGAAUGCGUCUAUAUCAUUAGCUUCAAACUAGAUUUAUGUAGAUCAACCGGACGAAGGUAUUAUAUUAAAACAUUCCAAUCAAUUUUCAAUCGUUAAUGCAACAUUGUGGCGUUGGAUAUUUCGUGUUGAGGACGGCGAAACUUGUGCUUAAAUUCCUUUUAACCAAAACGCUCCAAACGACGUAAAAACGCGAUUCUAGACGGCGAGUCAUCCCGCCCGGGCCUAUCCGUCGAAUUUGCGCCGAUCGCAAAUCUUGGGCCCGCAAUCGCCGCGGAAUCGGAUCGGCCUACUAGCCGACUGUUUGUCAUCCGUGCAAAUCGCGGAGGAAGGACGUUGAAGUAACCGAAGCCGAGCGUAUGGUCGGCCGGACCGAUAGGGGGACAGAGAGGGGACAUUCGCGCGACGGAAGCGGGAGACGAGGACGGAGGUACGUGGAGAGCGAGCGGGAGAAUUACGUUUCGUGAUGGAGAGAAAGAACUCCCGGGCGGCUCUCGUGGGCACACGCCUCUCUCGUUCUCCUCGGUUCUCCUCAACGAGAGGACCUGUCUCUGUCUCGGAGCACCAGCGUUGCUUCAGUCGACACUCGGGAGACCCCCGUGAUGCUCCUCGUGAUCGGGUCCUGCCCUCGUGACCGUCGCCGCCGUCUCGAGUCAUGAGAGGACCUCCUGGAGGAAGCCGCGUCUCAGUUCUCGCGGAUACGAGCCGUUUGUCGAAACGCAUCGAAACGAGCACCGCAGGAAACGUGCCGGGGAAUUGACAUUUGCAUCUCUGUGGAUUAAUACAUUUUAAUCGAGCUCGAUGACGGCGCUCGAGGACUGCUUUUAGAGAUGUGUCGCGAGUGGAAACUGAGUGAUCGGUGCCUUCGAUUGUCGUAAAUGUAGGAAAAAAAUGUGGAACCAAUAGAAAAAUGCUGGUGCACCAAUAACAAAUGAAUACCAAUUAACGCAUGCGGUAUAACGAAGUAUCAUGAUUACCAAACAAUUUACAUGCAAGAAAUGAUCUGACGUUGUUGCGCUGAGCGAUGAGGAAAUUUUCGGCUUUCAACGGUUAAUGAAGAAUUCUGUACGCGUGAAUUCCCAGGCAAACUUGAAGAAAGCCCGCAGACUACAUGAGAGAAGUCUCGUCAGAAUUAGUGAUAAUUGCGUUGCGAAAGUGACAACGUGAAACCCACCUCUGUGAAGAGAGACCGAGAAGAUGCCGCGUAGCAGGGACGAGCUCGACAAUAUGUCGCUUGAUGCGCAUCAUCUUCUUCACAGAUCGUGCAGAGGUAAGGCUCACGCCAGUGGUAUAGCUAAGCACAACAAUCGUCAAGGCCUUCCCUCGCAAAAGGCCCCGAAGUCACCGGCGCAGGACUUCUCGAAGCAGCACGAGUUCAGCGUUUCGAGCAAUGGCGUUGUCCUCGACAGGAAGCACAGCAGAAAUAGCACGAGCUCAUGGGAGUGCAGCGACAGCGACAGCAUGCACUCCUCCGAGAUCGGGCAAAACGGCUGUCCGGAAAGUCGACUGGUCAACACGAAUCGCGGCCUCGAACGAUCGUCGAGCGUCAAAUCCGAUGCCAAAGAAAGAUUCAGAGGGUCUCACAGGCGCAAUCAGUGCUCGUCAUUGCGAGCUGACAAAAGUUUCAAAAGGGAGAACUGGGCGGACACUCUGCGUGUAGGAUGCGCGGACGAGAGAAUCAAGAGGAUGGAGAAAGGCUGGGACGACAGUAACGUUAUCAGGAAGCCAAAGGAACGCAAGUGGCAUAGGAUCACGGCGGAAAUAGAGCAGAGGAUACCGAGCGCGGACAAUGGGUUCCGGAUGUUCGGUUUCAAAAGUAGCUGGACCAAUAACUCGAAGAAGAUCUCGAAGCGGAGUCGGCCGGGUCACCAAAGAUGCACGAAACCGAUUCAGGACAUUAUCGAGUGGGAGGAGCUGGUCGAGAUGGCUCUGGCCAGGAAGAUAAGACGGAAAAUACGGGAGAAUGGGAAAGUGGAGUCAAACAUAACGAAGAAUGUGAAACGUGGCGGAGAAAGUGGCCGCGCAAAGGACGAAGGGGAGUGCAUGAAGCAUCUCGAGGUUCUUCUGGAAAAUAGAGUGACCCCGCGAACGGACGAGGCGCGGUCGGAAGAGCAUCUGGCGCAGGAACAAGCAUGGUUGACUUCCGAGAGAGUCUGGUUAUUGCAUCGCGGAGGUUUUACUCCGGCUACAAGAUGCGGUACCGCCGAUCCCGACACAGGAAAACUGAGGAUCCGAUUGACCACCUCCGGAGAAGAGUUGCUCGUGGACGAGGAAGAUGUAGAGAAGGCCAAUCCACCUCAGUUCGAUAAAGCCGAGGAACUCUCUCAGCUGCGUUUUCUGAAUGAAUCAUCCGUUCUCCACACGCUGCGGCAACGUUACGCCAGUAACCUGAUACACACGUACGCGGGAGACAGCAUGAUCGUUAUCAAUCCGGUCGCGCCAUUGGCAAUUUAUUCUGAAAAGGUCGCGCACAUGUUCCGAGGUUGCAAAAGCGAGGACAUGCCGCCGCACAUUUAUGCCAUAGCGCAGUCGGCUUACAGAGGAAUGCUGGCGACACGCAGGGACCAUUCUCUGGUUUUCCUCGGGCGUAGUGGAGCGGGGAAAACUACGAACUUCAAACACGCCCUUCAUUAUCUCGUGCUGGCUGCUGGCACAGUUAAUAAGAUAUUGACGAUCGAGAAGUUGAACGCGCUAUUCACGGUCCUUGAGGCUUUCGGGAAUAGUAGAACGCAUAUGAAUUCGAAUGCGACGCGUUUCACGCAGCUCUUCAGCCUCGAUUUUGAUCAGUCGGGUCAAAUCGCAUCGGCCUCUCUACAAGUACUGCUCCUGGAGAAGUCGAGGAUAGGCCGACGAGCAAACGGCGACCCGACGUUUCACGCCGUUUACCGUCUACUCGCGGGCGCGGAGGGUGCGCUGAGAAAAGAGUUACACCUCACAAAUCUAGUCGCCGAAAACAAUCCCUUCGUCACGCCUCUGCAGAAGCACGAGGACAAACAGCGGGCUAUGGUCGAGUUUAACCGUAUCGUCGCCGCGUUCAGGAUACUCGGCAUCUCCGAGGCUGACGAGAAAGUCAUUUGGCUGGUGCUGGCUGGCAUUUAUCAUUUGAGCUGUGCCGGCGCAGUGAAAGCCGGCACCAGCUCGCAGAGCAGGUGGCAGUUCGCGAGAGUCGAGUGCGCGGAGAAGGCCGGCAAUCUGCUGGGCACAACGGUGGAGGAACUGAGUCGAAUAGUGUUCUCCACGAACGGAGGGGGUGCCGGAACACCGAGCACCCCGAGACCGGCUCUGAGGACGCCCAGCCCGACGGAACAGGGCAAGGACGUAAUGGGGCUUGACGCGCUGGAGGGACUUCUAGUCGGACUUUACUCGGAGGUCUUCCAUUGCGUCGCGGCUCUUAUUAACAAAUCCAUAUCAUCCGCUGUACAUACAGUCUCAUCUCUGCUGCUGUGCGAUUCGCCUGGUUUUCAAAAUCCUGCCUCGUGCGGUCGACAAACCGGUGCAACCUUCGAGGAUCUUUGCCACAAUUAUCUGCAGGAACGCCUGCAGUUACUGUUUCAUCACACUACGUUGGUAGCCCCAAAGGAUAGAUACGUCCAGGAAGGCAUCGACGUGGAUUACGAGGACGAUUAUGACGAGGAAGGCAUUGGAUCGCCUCAAGGUUUGGUUUCUCUCCUGGAUCGCGGAAGCUCGCAAAGCGCGACGAUGUUGCGAACUAGUCAAAGCGAUCUUAGCGGCAGCAGGCAGAUGGAACGAAAAGGAUUACUGUGGCUACUGGACGAGGAGACCGUAUGUCCUGGCGGCAGUGACGAAACCUUCCUCGAUCGACUAUUUUCUCAUUACGGAGACCGGGAUCACCAAAUGCUGUUGCGUAAAGCGCCGGGUAACAAUCAAUUCGUUUUGCAACACCUACUGGGAACGAAUCCUGUGCUUUAUACCGCGACCGGUUGGCUUAGGGCUACACGCGAGAAUCCUGUCGCCAAGAGUGCCAUUACGAUACUUCAGGAAAGUACAAGAGAACACGUGAGCAUGUUGUUCGUAAGUGCUCGGGGUGCUGGGGUUUCCGGUGCUCUAUGCAGUUCUAUACCGGGACUCGAAGGCUCGCAAUCCUUGAGGCGAGCGUCGAGCAUACGAAGGACAUUCACGGCCGUAAAAAGAAAGAACGUUUGUCUACAAGUGAAAUUCACUGUGGAUGGCCUGGUGGAAACAUUACGCAGAACUCGCGUCAAGUUUGUGCACUGCCUUUUGCCUCAACAUAACGCCGGCUGUACGGACAAUAAGAGUCUCCUCUCCGUGAAAUCGAAUCAGAGCGAGGACAGCGUCAUUAAUGUGCCUCUUCUGCGAUCUCAGAUUCGCGGGAGUCAGAUAAUCGACGCUGUCCGCCUACACAAGGUUGGAUUCCCGAAGCAUAUGUCAUUAGGUGAGUUCAGACGUCGAUUCGGGCUGCUGUCAAGCGACGUCAACGCACGGCCCGGAAGUCCCGUGACCGAUGAACGCCGCGCCGUGGAAGACAUGCUGCUCACCGUCGACGUCGACCCCGCGUCCUACCGAGUCGGUCAAAGCCAGAUAUUCUUCAGAUCGGGCGCCCUGGAACGAUUGGAAGCUCAGAGAGACGAAAAGCUCACUGGCCACAUCAUUCUGCUGCAGGCGAGAUGCAGAGGCUAUUUAGCGCGGCGUAAACUCAACACUUUGAAACUGCAGGAUCUUGCAGUGCGAUGCAUCCAGAGGAACGUGAGGAAGCUAAUGUCCGUGCGAGAAUGGCCUUGGUGGAGAUUGUACGUGAAAGUCGCGCCCUUGUUAAACGUCCAUCGGACCGAAGAUCAACUAAAGGCGCGAACGGAAGAGCUCGAGCUUCUCAGGGCAAAAGUGGAACGCUUGGAACAGGAACGCAAUCACCUGAAGCAUGACAACGACAAGCUGGAGGCGAAGCUGAGCGAGAUGACCGCGGACUUCGCGGAGGAGCAUUCUACGUCGACGCUGGCGGCGGAGAGGAUCGACGCCGAGACUUCGGAGCGGCUGCGGCUCGAGCGCGAGUUGCAGGAUGUAACCGAGGCCAACAAGAAUCUUCAGCAGACGACCGAACGGCUGGAGAUGGAAUUGCUCUACGCGAGGGCUGCCGAUUUGAACGGGGUCGCUUCCGACGGCGAGGAAGGCGAGGACGGCGGUGUUUAUAGGCAACGGUACGAGCACGCUAUCCGGGAACUCGAGUUCACCAAGAGGAAAAUGGCGCAGCAGCACGAGGACGAUCUGGAGCAACUGGUCGGACUGAAGAAACAAUUGGAAAAGAAGUUGGCCGAUGCUUACGAAGAAGUGGAGGAGCAACGACAAGUCGUCGGACAGUGGAAGCGACGAGUUCAGAAACUGAACGGCGAGAUGCACGAUCUCAGAUUGCUGCUGGAGGAACAGACCGCUAGGAACAAUCUCCUCGAGAAGAAGCAGCGCAAGUUUGAUUCGGAAACCCAGAAUCUGAUGAACGACCUUAGACAAGAGAAAGCACAACGUGAAAGAUUAGCGAGGGAAAAGGAGAUCGCGAUCGCGGAAAAAUUCACAGUGGAACAGAAUCUGAGCGACGCAAGAUUAGAGAUUGAGCUGAAGGAGGAAAGACUUCGCACAUUGACUCAGGAGUUAGAGGAGCUGACUUUCGGCGGUAAAACGGAAGAAGAAGUUGCGCAAUUGAAAAAGGCAAAGCAUGAAUUGGAGAAACGCGCCAAGGACCAAGAAGAAGAGUUAGACGAUCUGGCCGGUCAAGUGCAGCUGCUCGAGCAGGCGAAGCUCAGGUUGGAGAUGAGUAUCGAGCAGCAACGCAAGGAAAUGCGAAAAGAAAUGCAGCAACGCGACGAAGAGCUGGAAGACGUUCGCGGAAACGCGCACAAAAAGGUUAAAGCUCUCGAGUCGCAGUUGGAGAACGAACAUGAAGAGAGGACGAUUCUUUUAAGAGAAAAGCACGAAUUAGAGCGCCGUUUGGUGGCUCUGGAGGAACAAGAUCGAGCCGAUCGCGCAGCGGAAGCUGAGACCAUGCAAAGAUUGAAGAGAGACCUGAAGAGAACGAAGGCAUUGCUCAGGGAUGCACAAACGAUGCUCGAAAGAUCCAAAGGCGAUUCGACGGGUAAAGCCGCGUUGCGUCAAUUGAAAAAUCAAUUGGAAGACGCGGAGUGCGCCCGUGCGGUGGCGAUUAAAGCGAAACAGGCGUUGGAGCAGGAGCUAAACGAAACGCAAGCAAGUCUGGAAGAAGCUAUGCGACAGCGUUCCGAAGCGGAGGAGCGAGCCAAUGCGGCCAAUCGCGAACGUUCAGAGCUGCUGUCUCAGUUAGAAGAAAACGAGGAGGAGCUUGCCGAAGUCUUAAAGAAGUAUCGAGCCGCGGUGCAACAAGUUUCCGCGGAGCAAGGACAAUUGCAGGAAGCACAAGUGCAAAUCGCCGCACUCGAGGCGGAGAAGUCGUCGCUGAAGGACCAACUGGCGGAACUAACGCAGCGAUUAGAAUCAGUGGAGCAACUCGGUGAUCCAACGGCAAACAGUCUUGCCACUAGACGUUUAGAGUUCCGUGCCAAGGAGCUCGAAAGCAAGCUCGAAUUGGAACAGACCACGAGAGCGCGGUUGGAGACGCAAAUAGCACGAUUAAAGGAAAGCGUCGACAAGUUACAAACCGAAUCGGCUUUACUCAGAACGAAGGAGCAGACCGCCCAAGACGCGGCGAGACGACUGCAACGAUCUUUGCGCGACGCGCGCGACGAGGGUAGCGCGGCGAUAUCGCGAGAGCAGGAGGCUGUACGUGCUCGUCGCGACAUAGAAAAGUCUUUGGAAGCCGCGGAGGCUGAGACCAAGGUGGCUAGAGACGACCUCAGAUUGGCGCUGCAAAGGAUCGACGAUUUACAGAGUGCUAUUCAAGGGGAACUUGACUUGGACUGCAGCGAGGAAGCUACCAGCGAGAACAGUGACAGUGAUUGAUCCGAGCCAUCGUCGGACUUCGAGUCCGAUCAAAAUGAAGUUACGACUGAAUCAGGAUCAAUAAAUCAGAUCGUAGAUGGACUUCCGCGCACCCGAGACAUCGAAUAGAACGUGAAUCUUAUAGCUGCCCGUAUUUAAUGUACGAUCAUGAAAGUGAUAGAUCACAGUCUGAAGAGACGAAAGACUGGCAAAGCUUACGAAGAGCCGGUGACAGCUCGCGGUCGCGAUUGCAAUUUUGUGCUACUCGAAGAACGCUAGUGAGGGAGAGUCGGCGCUCUUUCUAGACUGUUAUAGGGAAUAAAGUCAUUUCGAAAGCGAACCAAACUAGCGCAGGAGCUAGUAUGUGGGUGACGAAAUCAAACUUACGAAGUAACGGCCGUUAAGCUAAUUAAUUGCGUGGCCACUCUCUACGAGCAAUGAUAAACUUUUUAGGUGCUAACUAUGUAUAAUUCCCUGAAAAUGCCGAUGUCGUGGCUGUCUAUCGUGCGUCCGCGGUGCUAUUAUCUUAUGUCUGUUUUCUGAAACGUCGAUGACACACAACGACGUCGUUCCUUUCCAGUCUUCCACGGGAAUUCGAGCCGUUUCUUCGCACGCGAGACGUGAAUGCUGAUGAGAAUUGCGCGCAUUGUGCUGUCGGACAAAAAUCGAAGCGUAGCAUUUUUGAUACAAGUAAAUAAAAAGUUUCGUGUCUCUUCUUUAGAAAAGUAUAAAUAGGAAUUUCGCUUUGCGAAGUGACAAAUUGAAACUUUAUUCUCGGUUUUAAUAUCGACGACACGAUAUUUGAAUUUUAUACGUGCUUUUGUUCGACAGCACGUGUAUGUCUCACGCGUAAAUUUUCUUAACGCGAAAUUAGCUCGAGCACGAUCUUCUACAUCGGGAAGGACACGUUGCGCUUUUUAUCCUUGCGAUCCACUGCCAUCAGGCUCGAUUCUGUUUCAUAGUUUGUAUAGAAAGGAAUGGAAGAGAAGGAAAGCACGAUAGAGAAAGAGAGGAAGUCGCAUGCCACGACUCGAACUGGGGCUUUGGUUUCGUGUAAGGAUUCUCGUGUAACUUAUUGCUUUGUAAAAUGCAGAUCUCCUAUUUAAU